GAAAUGGCAGAAGAAAGUCUGUUUCAGAAUCUCCUGGAAAUCCUGAUGAAAGCCUCAAGUGAAAUCGAACAGGCGUACAAGGAGUCCUGUGAAUCGGUAGAUGUAGACACUUGUCUGCUGCUCGUAGCAGAGUGUUUCAGAUGUCUGAGGAAUGCUUGCAUCGAGUGUGCCAAGAAUCAACAUGUCAUGAGGAACUUGGGUCUGAUUGCUACAUCUGUCCGUUUGAUCAAAGUACUUCAUGGAGCACAAAUGAAACAAGAAUCAUUAUUGACUGCUUUCCGUUGUAGCCUCCAGUUUCUUGGAAACAUUGCAGCAGGAAAUGGAGAUUCCCAGAAUAGCAUUUGGAAGUGUGCUUUCCCAGAUCUCUUCUUGACCUGCCUUACUUACAGUGAUGAGAAAAUUGUUGCCUAUUGUUGUAUGGUCCUAUUCACCUGUCUUAAUUCAGAGAAAGUGAGAGACCUGCUGGAUCCUGGGAACUUGACUGUGCCUCUCCAUGUUCUGAAAGUCUACAAAGAGGAGCUGGAGACGGAGUGGUCGUUCUUGAUUGUUACAGACCAUUUGCUGAAAUGUCCAGAGUUGGUAAAAGCCCUCUAUGCCAAACUGAGCAAUCAAGAAAGAGUUACUUUGUUAGAACUGAUAAUGGCGAAAAUAAGUGAGAACAACCCAGUUACCAGUGAAGAAAUGACUGUGUUCUUGAGACAUGCUGACUUCCUUGCAGGAUGUUUCCAGGAGAAGUCUCAAGCUGUGCUCAAGUUAACUUCUGCAGCAGAUGCAAAAGAUGAGGAAGCACUGGUUGCAAUUCGACUUCUUGACGUUCUUUGUGAAAUGACAUCAACCAGCGGACAGCUAGAACAUCUACAAGCUUUGCCUGGGCUACUUGAAACAGCUGUAGAUACCCUGAGAUUAACUCAUCUUGCUGGGAAACAGGCUGCAAAUAUCUUCACUGCCACACAGGUUAUGACAGGACAGGAAGAAAUUUCACAUCCAGCCGUGGGUUUUAAAUCUCAUCUCAUUCGUUUGAUUGGAAAUUUGUGUUACAAAAAUAAGGAAAACCAAGACAAGAUUUUUCAGUUAGAUGGCAUUCCCUUGAUCCUGGACAACUGCACCAUUGAUGACAACAAUCCUUUUGUGAACCAGUGGGCAGUAUAUGCUAUCCGAAAUCUCACUGAACAAAAUGAGAGAAACCAACAGCUUAUUGCCCAGAUGGAGGAGCGAGGGCUGGCAGACAGUUCUCUCCUUGACAGUAUGGGUCUAAAGAUAGAGAAACAAGAUGACAAGUUAGUUCUGAGAUGUGUUAGAAAAAAGCCUUCAUGAAAAACCAAAUAGGAUCAGUCAAAAUCACUAAAAGAACAUUUCUCCUUUGUCAUAUUUUGCUUUGUAAGGCAAUCAAGUUCUCUUCAAUUUGAGUUCCAGUCUGCUGGAAAUAUUGUGUUUUUCUCAGAAAAACUGCCAAAUAAUACUUCUCCUUCACUGUUAUAAACAAAUGGGCACCUAUAAAUUUUGUAACUACUUAGGUUAAUUAGCUAAUGAAAAAAACCCUUUUCGGAUAGGUUAAAUUUCAUUGUUUUCUGGUUUCAUUAGUUAAAAAAAAAAAAACAACAUGCAUCUAGCAUAGUAUUGAGUUGUUACCAGUUUCCGUUGCUGAACCUGAAGAUGAUUAUCAUUCAAAACACAACAAAGAGAUAUAACUUCUCUGCAGUAUGACUUCUUCAUUUAAAAGAUCUGUAUUGAGUCAGGACUAAACAAUGAAAGUUGUUAGUUUUCAGUCAUGGUGCUUAAGUAUCUGUACUUACAUGAAGAGCAGUGAAAUAUUGGAUGUACAUGAAUAUUUACUGAAUUAAACACACAAUAUGGCUUCUGUGUA